AACUCAAAAUUGGGAUACAAUUUUGAAAUAACGACAAAAUGAUACGUCAAGACCCAAACAGAUUCUCCAAGAGACAAAAGCCAGACUAUAGGAAAACUCAAUUUGCAGAAAAGCCUGCCUACAAAGAUCUCAACUACCCGCACCGUUUGAAUUUCUACACAAUACCUCCUACGGCUGAUAUAACUCUCGAACAAUUUGAGCAAUGGGCUAUUGAUCGCCUGCGAGUUCUCGCAGAACUCGAAGCAUGUUCAUUCAGAAACAGAACCCCUGCCGAGACAGCAGCCCACAUGAAGCCCCUUCUCGAUAAAUAUUUACCACUCUCUGCUUCUUCGUCUGGAUCUAGCGCACUGCAGGCCGAGAGACAGAAGGAUCAUUAUAGUCAUUUUAUCCUGCGGCUUGCUUUUGCUUCUACAGAAGACUUGCGAAGACGAUUUUCUCGUGUGGAGUCUAUGCUAUUCCGUUUGCGGUUCCAGGCAGACGAUCUAAGAGAACGACAAUCGUUUGUGGAGGGUCUCAAUCUAGAUUGGGAGACGGUGAGUGAGGAUGAGAAAAGAGAUUAUUGGGAGCAAUUGAAGGGUGCAGCCGGCAGAGAUAAGAUGAGGAUUGAAGAAGAGAGUUGGUUCAAAGUAGACUGGGAGAGAGUCCCGGAAUUAGUAGAGAGUCGGAGAGUAUUUUUAAGGUGUGGAAAGGCGUAUGUUCAUUCCAGGGAACAACUAUCAAUGGUUGUUGCGGAAUUCACAAGCAAGCUGGAUAAAGCUUUGGAGAUCACAUCUCGCGCACUUCCUCGGCUUGAUGAAGAUGAUCGACUAACACCAAUUCUUACACAUCUUUCUCAAAACUUCACCACACCGGAUGCGAAUUACUCCAGCUCAGCAACUGCAGUCGAUGGAGCUGACAUAUCCGCCCGUAAUAUCGACGCACUUUCCUCUUCAUUCCCUCUCUGCAUGCAAAACCUCCAUAAAUCCCUCCGCCGGGAUGCACAUCUCAAACAUUACGGUCGUCUUCAAUACACCCUAUUCCUCAAGGGUAUCGGCUUGAAUCUGGAAGAAUGUCUCGUAUUCUGGCGCUCCGCCUUCAGUAAAAUCACAGAUGAUGUCUUCAAUAAAGAAUACAGAUACAAUGUUCGUCACUCGUAUGGUGACGUGGGAGGAGAUUCGAAUCGCAGAGGCAAUGGGUAUUCUCCGUUUAGUUGUCAGAAGAUAUUGACGGAGCAUCCUCCGGGACCAGGAGAAUCACACGGUUGUCCUUACAGGCAUUUUAGUGUGGACAAUCUAACUUCAUUAUUGCGCGCCGUAGGCGUGAACGACCAUGAGGUUUUGAGAGGAGUAAAAGAAGAUAAAGAGAAGCAGAAGUUCCAUCUUGCUUGUAAUAGAGUCUUUGAGUACGCACAUAAGCAGGAGAUUAAGAAAGUGAAAGAUGAUGGUACAUGGGGUGCAGCACAAUUAGAAACCAUUGUACACCCCAAUGAGUACUUUAAACGAAGUUAUCUACUCAAGAAUAUGAGCAAAGCCCCUGCUGUAGGGGAGGAUGUCAAAAUGGAUGGUUAAGUGCUAUAUGAAUUGUAUAUGACAUAGGUUAGUACUGGCGUUACUGGUUGGGAGUAGAGAGUGUCUUCACGUCCUGUAUGAUAAGAUACCGUAAUCAAGACACAAUGUCCUUUUUUUUCUAGU